AUGGGGACCCGAACGAGACCAGACUCGAGCUUCUCAAGAAACUACCUUACGGCGAGGAACUUCACAGGCAAACAUCUGUUGUCGACGUUCAAUAACGAAACAAAUAAGCUGCCCAAACCAGAGAGACCUGAACCCGGCAUCGACGAUGCACCGAUUAGUUCCAGCGACGACGAAGUGGAAGCAGGAGAUCAGGAUAACGUCAAUAUAUCAGACCUUGAGGAAGAUAGGGAACUGAAUACUCCAGUGAAACAGAGUCUGGAGGAUAAACUCGCGGAGAGUAGUGCGCCGCGACGGAGUGGAAGGGCGUCGGUAUCAAAGCAGGACGGAGGGGAUAAACCGGAGGUAUCGAGCUCUCAAGAAAAGAGCCGGGCGCGGACUUCGAGUGCUAUAGAAGACCCUGAGACUUAUUAUCUUGAACUAUGGGGCUCGUCACAGAACGGCAAGAGGCGGAAAAAUGCCCAAUUUUCGAGCCAGAGCAGAUUUUCCAGUGGACCUUCAUCUCAGGACAACAAGUCAGCAUCGAAGCCCCAGAAGGACAAGAAAGGAUACGUGAAGAAGUCUCCACAAGAGAAGAACAAAAAGAAAGAAGAAAGCAGCUUCCAGAUGCCGAGGGAAAUCGACAUGUCUAGCCCGCCUCCGUCUAAGACUCGUGCGAAUGGAAAGACCCCCGAGUUCAAGAAUCCGCCCGCUCUUCCGAACGGCAUCUCUUCGGAUAAUGAGCCUCAGUUUGCAGACGUUUUGGAUUCAUUGUCACAGGACGAUGCAUCACCGCUUAGCUCCCCGAUCAGCACCCCGUCACCUCCAUCAUCAGCAUUUAACUUCGAAUUUUCGCAGGCAGAUGAGGAGAUCAUGCAACCCAAAAAGGCUUUAUGCCCUAUGUGCAAGGAAGAAGUCGACCCCGAGGCUCUUAUGAGAUUCGAAACACAGCCAAAGCAACGAUUCCGCGAUCAAAUGGGAUUCUGUGAAUCACACCAGACCUCUACAGCCGAGAAGGAAUGGAAGAGCAAGGGGUACCCGAAUAUUGACUGGGAUGCUUUUGAUGAACGGAUCCGUGGUCAUUAUGAUGAUCUGGCAAAACUCUUGGUUCCUGAGUGUUCGUCGUAUUACAGGAACCUUCUUAACAGUGCUAUGAAAUCAGGGAAAGCGAAGAAUUUCCGGCUUACUUUGUCCGGUGGUGGAUUGGAGGAUAUUUCAUGCGGCUACUAUGGGACACGAGGAUCUGGUAAAAUGUUGCAAGCUGUGACUACACAUUUUGCUCCUCAGCUACGUCGUCUCGCAGCCGCCGAUCACAUUGUCAAGACGGCUGGUGUUGCUGGCUACGCACAAGCUGUCCUUGUCCCAGAAUUGGCAGUUCGACUCGUCAAGGAAAACAUGAAAAUCGACGACGACCAAUCCGCUCGACAGAUCCUACGUGACAGCAUCGGUAUUGGUGAGAAGUUGAACGCCCAAUUGAACGACGUCAUCCCAGUUCCCGAACUGGAUGAGGAUAAGGAGAACGUAGCCGCGUGA